AUGAAGACUGUUCUCUCCACACUCAUGGCGGCCACCAUGGCUCGCAUUACUUAUGCCUCUCCAGUCGAUUCUGGCCUCGUUGCUAGGGAUGAGAGUGUGAUUCCCUAUCCCAUUGGCCUUCUGGGCUGGGAGGGGCCCCUUACCCCCGGAGGUCCUGAUGUGUACUACGAGGGCGCCGACAUCGAGGCUAUCAACGCCCAGAUCCUCAUCGACGCCCCCGAGGCCUCCAUCUUUGUCAACAUCACCGAGUCCGGUGUUGAACAGAGAGAUAUGCACGACAAUAGCACUCUCGAAGCUCGCCAGGCUUAUUCUCAAACCUGCGGAGCUGGCCGCUGGGGCCUCGUGUCCCAGAUUGAUAUCCAAACUGGCAUCAAUCACUUGUACAACGUCGGUCGCUGCAUCGUGCAGGCACGCCAGUGCAUCCGGACCACCUGCAACCAGGAUUCGGCCAUUGCGUGGUGCAACGACAACACGUACGCCAUCAACGUCCCCUGCCGCACCGUCGCCGACUUUGCUUCCCUCGCCAUGUGGGAAUGCGUCAACUGGCGCGAGAUCCCCUUCCCGAACCUUCCCUCUACUCAGCGCUUCCACGAGGCCGAGCGCUGGAAUGUUAUUCUGUCGGAAUGUGGCAACUUCAGCCCCGGUGGCCAGCCGGUUUAA